AUGGCGGCUGGAUUAGGGCUUUCUAAAGCUCGCCUUAGCAGGCUCGUGGUUGCGACAUCUGGCACUGGUUACAUUCUCGGUACGGGGAAUGGUGUUGUUGAUUUAGCGGGUCAUUGUUACACUUGUGCGGGUUUGGAUCCUGUGCCAAUUGUUCAACAAAAUCUACCAAAGAAGCUAAAGGUGAAGAAUGACCCUGCAGUAAUUGAAAAAACAGAAAGGGACAAGAUUAGAAAAGCUUGGAUCAACAUUGUCAGAAGAGAUAUACCAAAACACCAUAGAGUUUUCACAAAUUUUCAUCGGAAACAAUCAAUUGAUGCCAAGAGGUUUGCAGAUGGUUGCCAACGAAAAAUGAUUAGAAGAUCACAUGAAGGCCCUGAUGCAAGAUCAGAUAGAGAAGACAUGGGAAACAUGCUAUAUGGAUACUCAGUAGAUCAUGAAGUAGAAUCAGGAAAUCUUUAUACAAUUUUCAGUGCUUCAAAUCUCUCACAGGUUGAGAAACUUCUGUUUCUUGAGGUAAAAACCAGUAAUGUGCUUAUUGGCAUGGUUAAUACUGAAGCUGAAAGGUGCACUGUCUAUGAUGGAUCUUACGAAAUGGAGAAUAUAUUUGAUUUCCUGGGCAAGAACAAUUUUUUGUUGAUCCAAAAAUUGACCGAAAGCAAUAGAGUUUGGGUUACUCUAGCACUCUUAAGCUUCAGGUUUAAUUUGCAGUUAAAACUAUCAAAAAAAUUGAGCACCCAGAACAUGGAUGCAUUCAUCAACGGAGAACUGAAACCAAGAGUUGGUUUUGCUAAUGAUGAAUUGUAA